AUGAACGCCAUCGUUACACCCUUGGUAAUUGGGUUGGCCUUUGGAUUGGGUCUACUGCUUAUUGAAAACGCGAGCGGUCUAGCUCUUCUCGAUAAAACUAUAUACUCUGUCGGUCUCUUUGGAAGGAGAAUACUCAUAACUCCCGGACCCAACGAAAAGACAACGAAGAGAGCGAGUGCUUCCACGGCCAGUGAUCCAUUUCGCACCACCACCACCGCCACCGUCACCGCCACCGCCACCGUUACCGUUACCGCCACCAAAGCUUCUGCUCUCAACAGCAGUUCUCCUAAGCCCAGAGAGGGGACUAGCAAGAUAUUGCAACUUCAUGAUCAACUUAUGCCAUUACUCACAAAUCUCACAAUGGAAGAUCGCCUAGAGUAUCAUGUAAACUGUGUAUCGUACGGAAAGCCUUGCCACGCAGCCGAGAAUUGUUGUAACAAAAAAUGUCUCACUGACACGAAGAAGUGUUGGCAUAUCUAGUUAGGAUCUAAU